AUGGGGUGGCUUGCAGUGAUAUGUGUCUUUGCAUUCUCCUUUUUAGGUGUCUCCAAAGCCCUGGUUGGUAACCACAUCAGCAGCACCUGCAGUACUUGGGGCGCAGAUCAUUUCAAGACGUUUGAUGGGGAGGUGUUUGCGUUCCCCGGUUUGUGUGAAUAUAACCUUGUGUCCGACUGCCACGAAUCCUUCCAGGAGUUCUCAGUCUUCCUGAAUAGAGGAGAGGGUUCUGACGGGAUCUCUACUGUCAUCUAUGUGGUGGUGAUCAUCAAUGACCUGUCUAUUCGCCUUUCCAAAAACCAAGUCACUGUCAAUGAUGAUUUAGUGACGUUGCCAUUCUACAAGGCUGGGGUUAAGUUGGAACAAAACAGUAUCUAUGUGAAGCUUGAGUCUACAGUCGGGAUUUUUGUCUUGUGGAACAGAGAUGAUGCAGUCAUGGUUGAAGUAGAUCCUGAGUAUGCUAACCGCACUUGUGGCCUCUGUGGAGAUUACAAUGGAAUACGCACCCAAAAUGAGUUCAUUCAUAAUGGACGCAAAAUCAGCCCUAUUGAGUUUGGAAACAUGCACAAAGUCCAGCGCCCAAAUGAUGAUUGUGAAGAUCCGUAUGAAGAAGAUGAAGAUGAAGAACUCAAUGCAACACCAGAAUCAUGCAAGGAGUUUAUUAACACCUGUACCCAGGUGCUACAGUCAAACAUGUGGAUGUCGUGUAGGACUUUGAUCGACCCUGAGCCGUACAUCAAGGCCUGUGCACACGACAUGUGCCACUGCUCAAACCAAACUAACAACGCUUGUAUGUGCAGUACUGUUUCUGAGUUCUCUCGACAGUGCUCUCAUGCAGGAGGAAAACCCCCGAGCUGGAGAACAUCUGAGCUCUGUGCUAAAAGUUGCCCAUACAACAUGAUUUAUGAGGAGAGCAGUUCCCCGUGUCUGGACACAUGCACUUACCAGGACACAAGUUCACUGUGUGAAGACCACAAAAUGGAUGGUUGCGCCUGCCCUCCUGGCACUGUAUUUGAUGACAUAUCCAAGAGAGGGUGCAUUCAUCAAACUGAAUGCCAAUGCAAACAUGACCGAAUCUACAAUCCGGGAGAACUUUACAGACAAGAAUCUAAAGAAUGUUCAUGUCUGGAUGGAAGAUGGACAUGUAAAGACAUCCAAGGGCCGGCAACCUGCUCAGUGGAGGAAGGCUCUCACAUAACAACCUUUGAUGGAAAAACAUUCACUUUUCAUGGGAGCUGUUUCUACACCUUAGCAAGAGUCGAGCAAAAGGAUAAUGUCAGUCCUAAAUUCACAGUCCUAGCUCAGCUAAUGCCAUGUGCACACCAUCAGUACGACACUUGUCUUAAAUCGCUCAAGAUCCUGAUGAACAACGACAAAAACAAUGCGUUAGUGUUCACCUCAGAUGGAUUAGUGAAGUACAAUAUGCAAACAAUAACUUUACCUUACAACUCAGGUGACAUCAACAUUUUUCAAGCUUCAUCCUUCCACAUUAUACUACAGAGCAGUUUUGGAUUUCAAAUCCAAAUCCAACAUGUGCCUGUCAUGCAGAUGUAUAUCAGACUUCCACAAACUUACAGAGCAAAAACCAGAGGUUUGUGUGGGAACUUUAACAUGGUCCAGUCUGAUGACCUGAAAACUCCACAAGGCAUUGUGGAGGGAACAGCAGUGGUAUUUGCCAACUCUUGGAAAACCAAUUUUAUGUGUGAAGACAGAGUGGCGAGGCUGGAUGACCCAUGUGCUGUUAGUGUGGAAAAUGAAAGAUAUGCCAAGCACUGGUGUGCCUUGCUACUUAGUCCAAACAGCUCCUUUUCCCAGUGCCACUCAGAAGUCGAUCCUGAUCUGUACUAUAAACGAUGUAAAUAUGCCACCUGUAAUUGUGAGAAGAAUGAGGCUUGUCUUUGUGCUGUUGUGUCAUCUUAUGCCAGAGCAUGUGCAGCUAAAGGGGUAUUUCUGACAGACUGGAGGAACCAUGUUUGCGAGAAAUACUCUCAGAGCUGCCCAGAAUCACAGACAUUCUCCUACAACCAUCACCGGUGUCAGCUGACAUGCAAAUCUUUAGGCUCAAACCAACACAGCUGUGUAAAUGACUUCUUACCUGUUGAUGGGUGCUCUUGUGCUGAGGGUUUGUACAAGGACGACAGAGGCUUGUGUGUCCCUGUUGAGAAAUGCCCCUGCCAUCACAAUGACCUCAUCAUCAAAUCAGGAAAAUCAGUCAACAUCAAAGAUGAGCACUGUGUGUGCACCAAUGGCGUUCUUCACUGCCGCUCAUGGAAAACCCGCUCUUUGACCUGUGCUCACCCAAAGGUGUACAUUAAUUGCACCGGGACUGGAGAGCUUGACUCCCAGUGCAUGGUUUCGUGUUUAAACCUGGACAACAAUGAAUGCAGCUCUACAGAGUGUGAAUCUGGCUGCCAGUGUCCUGCUGGUCUCUUUGACGAUGGUAGGGGCGCUUGUGUGAAAGAGCUUGACUGUCCAUGCCAACAUGACGGCCAGUUCUUUGUGUCUGGGACAAAGAUUCCUAAAGAUUGCAACACUUGUACCUGCAAAAGUGGAAGAUGGGAGUGCACUGAGAAAACAUGUCCAGGAACAUGCACUAUCUAUGGAAGUGGUCAUUAUUCAACAUUUGACCAGAAAACGUAUGGGUUUGAUGGAAACUGUGCAUAUGUUGCUGUUAAUAACAAGUGUAACAACAAAACCCAAGAAAAUAACUUUGCCGUUCUGACUCAAAAUAUACCAUGUGGAACCACGGAAACUUGUUCCAAAACAGUUCGAAUUCAACUUGGGCGAAUGGAAAUCAAACUCAGUAAGGGUAAAUAUGAAGAGCUGGAUCAGGGCCAUGGCUCCAUUCUUCAGUACAGAAUAAGGAAAGUGGGCCUUUACAUAAUUGUUGAGUCUGAAGUUGGUCUGGCCGUGAUGUGGGAUCGCAAAACAACAAUCCGGAUUCUUCUUAAACCAGAGCAUGCCAAUACGGUCUGUGGUUUGUGUGGGGAUUUUGACGGAGAUGCAACAAAUGACUUUACCACCCAAAAUAAUCUGGUUGUAAGCAGCGUUAUAGAGUUUGGAAACAGCUGGAAAGUAGACAGCGGAUGUGGAGAUGUGGAAGAAAGCGUCGAUCCGUGUACAGUCACACCUAAUCGUCAACACUGGGCGCAACUUAUGUGCAGUAUCAUAAAAGGAGAGACAUUUAAAGACUGCCAUCAAAAAGUACCCCCUGAGUUGUAUUACGAUAACUGCGUUAGAGACUCAUGCGCCUGCAACAGUGGAGGAGACUGCGAGUGCUUUUGUUCGGCAGUGGCAGCGUACGCACAGGCAUGUAACGAUGCUGGUGUGUGUGUGGCUUGGAGAACUCCAGAAAUCUGCCCUGUUUUUUGUGAAUACUACAAUGACCCAGGAGAAUGCAUGUGGCACUAUAGCCCCUGUCACACUCCAUGUUAUAAGACCUGUCUAAAUCCACAAGGAAUAUGCAGUAACCCUUUGCCAAACCUGGAAGGGUGUUAUCCGUUCUACAACACCUCCUCCUUCCACAACCACCGCACCUCCAACAACCACAACCACACCCCCAACAACCACGACAACAUCACCAACAACCACAACAUCACCAAAAACUACAACAACGUCCGCAACAACAACAACAUCACCAACAACCACUACACGUCCAACAACAACAACAUCCCCAACAACAACAACAUCCCCAACAACAACAACAUCACCAACAACCACUACACGUCCAACAACAACAACAUCCCCAACUACAACAACAUCACCAACAACCACAACAUCUCCAACAACCACAACCCCACCAACAACCACAACAUCACCAACAACCACAACAUCUCCAACUACAACAACAUCCCAAACAACCACAACAUCACCAACAACCACAACACCUCCAACAACCACAACAACAUCCCCAACUACAACAACAUCACCAACAACCACGACAACAUCCCAAACAACCACAACAUCACCAACAACCACAACACCUCCAACAACCACAAUAUCACCAACAACAACAUCCCAAACAACCACAACCACAACAUCACCAACAACCACAACAUCCCAAACAACCACAACAUCCCCAACAACCACAACAACAACAACUCCAACACCAAUUUUCACAACAACACCUUGUAUCCCUACCUGUGA